AUGUCGUCUCCCGUACCGUACAGGGCCUACCAGUCAAAGAGACACUCGAGAAACCUCUCAAACACAUUUACGCCUCCCCAGUCUCCACCUCUUGCGCCCGUAGGAUCUCCCAAGUCUCCCGCGACACCCGCAUCCAAUGCAUCCUCAAAACGACUGUCUACACACAGCCCUCUCGCAGAUCUGGCCAGUCUAGAUCGCUCGACGCCUCCGCCAGUCACUCCUCCGUCAAACAACAAGGCGUUGCCUCUCCCAAGUGCUCCCGUGACGCCGGUAGCCAUUGAGAUUCUUGAGAUUCCACCUUCUCCGAUCUCAGAGAGCACAGUAGCGUCACCAUCGCCGCAAGUGGUCGAGGAGCCACCUCAGCCAGUUGCCGUCCCGGAAUCACCCAGACCGCCUCCUAAAACCGUGGUCACUCCUCCAGCACCUCCUGUCGCGUCUCCAAAGGAGGAAACACCGUCGCCAGCCUCUCCAGCACCGCCUAAACUGGCCUCUCAUUCCACUUUUCGACACGUUCCAGCUCGGGCAUCACCAUUGAGGCCAUCCGCUUCGGUUCUCAAGUCUGGCUAUGAAGGGACUCCUCUUUCCUCUCGCUCGACUCUUACUCUUGGGACGCCUUCACGCGCUGCUUCGGGUGUGAAUCCAUCCUCGAACCUUCGACCACGGCCUCCGGGCGGGCUCAAAGUCCACGACUUUAGUCAAAGCUCUUCACAACCCGGCUCUCCUGUUAACGGAUCGUCUUUGACGGUUCAUACCGCCCGACCCGCCAUUUCAUCUCCACUUUCCUCGUCUUCGGUAGGAAGCAGCAGACAACCAUCUCCACUUGCAUCUCCUGCCUCGGAAACUAAAUCGAGUAGUCCUUCAAAAUCAUCCAAUCCAUCGCCCUCUGCGUCACCAUCAAGACCGGCCAUUUCUCCUCUCCCUUCCCCAUCCACGGGUUCAGUUCCACUCGCGUCGGGCUCUUCGACCUCUACCAUUCAAGCUCCGAGGAAAUCUGAUACUCCUAAUCGCACCGUUUCCACUGGCAGUGCUCCUUACCGACAUGGCUUCCAGCCCAAGGGUGUCUACGGGCAGAGAACUGAUGAAUUCUUGGAGGCACGACGGUUGAAGAGAGACACGUCGCGGAUAGAAGACCGUAGGCUUGAGCGAAGAUUGGAAAAGUUGAUCGACCUCCAUUUUCCGUCACAAGACUCCAAACAAGCGACUACACCGACCACUUCGACUCCCUUGCAGGAAAAGCCGCCUCCCAAUCGACGGCAAUCGUCCUUCUUCGACUUUGAUCUAUCCGACUUGAAAGGCAAGAAUGCCUCUGAUCUCUGGCGCAAUGUCUUGGACUCGGCUGCAUCGACACGUUUGCCGUCGCUCAACGCAAAGGGCGAAAUACGACAACAGGAAAUGGCCAUCACACCGUGGCAAGAGGACGCGGCGGUACCGGCUUGUCCAAUAUGCUUGACGUCGUUCAACACACUAACGAAUCGUAAACAUCAUUGUCGUUUGUGUGGCAAAGUGGUGUGCUCACUUCCUGUCAAACACCCAAAUCGGCCCGAGCUUUGCUCGUUUCUCUUUGUUGUCGAUGCAAAGACGGGCCUAAUUGAAGAGGUUAGCGGAGAUAUUGUCGACUAUGGCGUCAAACGACAGGUCACGCCUGGAGGGAAGAGUGGAAGCGACGCGUUGCUUGCGAAGAAGAUGGCCGAGGAGCAGGAAAAGUAUCUUAAAGGAGUUCGAAUAUGCAAAGAGUGUCGACCUACUCUGCGAAGGAGGCAAUAUGGGGUGGAAGCCAGGACGACUCCGCCGUUUUCCAAGCUCUAUGCGGUCCUGCUAGAGAUUGAAAAGGAGAUUGAGGAGAUGCUGCCGCAAUUCCAAGAACUGGUCAUUCACCUCUCACAGGAAGACGAUUCGAAUCUACACUCGGCGCCCAAUAAUAACCGGGUUAAACAAGCCACCAACCUUCGCAAGCAUCUUCUUGAAUCGUUUUCUCAAUACGACGCUAUUGCAAAACGCAUCAAGUCGCUAAAGACACCUGGGCCGAAUUCGUCUCAAGAAAAGGUCCAAAACGCCAUCUCGAACCGUGCGACACUCUUCUUGCAGAGGAAUCUGUUCCCCCUUCAGUCGUUGCCCAAACCGAAGAAGCCGACGCACGCCAAGAACUCGUCCGUUACAACUCUUUCUCUCCCGUCCAAUCUCGUGGACAUGAGCGAUCAAGACGCUGCUUUGGCCCAUACGCUGCAACCUCUGUUGGAGCAAGAAGCGCUGCUGGAGAGUUUUGUCGAAGAAGCAAACGCACAGCGUAAAUUUGAAGACGCAAAGACGCUCAAGCAGAAUCUGAAAGAGAUUCGGCAGGAGAUUGAUCGUCUGUUGAACGGGAGAGACCUCCCUGGCAAUCCCGCGUCUGCUAAAGGGUAA